AUGUCAGUCUUCGAGCCAAUGGUUGUCAGAGGUGUGAUUAAAAACACCUUGACUGCUGGUGAAUGUGUAAAGUUUGAGACUAAUUGGAAUGAAUCUGUGAAACAAUGUGUCAGAGCAUGGGAAGGUAGUCAUUCAACCCCAGCCAGUGAAUUUCAAAUGGCCCAGUACGAAUGGGAGGCCCAUGUGGUCGAGUAUGUGGACUUUGUCAGUUCGGCAACAUCUGUUCACCCCAACAGCAAGAGUGGGUCAGUUCCACCAAAUCUGAAGAGUAGCAUACCUUUUUAUGGCCCUCAAUUUACACCUCCAACAUUUUUGCAACUAGAAAAACGUAAACAUCUUCCAAAUGUGAAGCCUGGAACUGCUUACAUGAAGGAGAUAACCAUUGUCCACCCCUUCUAUUUUGACGGCCUUGAUCAAUGCCCGAGGUUCUUCUUCAAAAAAUGCGGUAUGACACGCGAUCUGUUUGAUCUGAUCAUUGAGUUGCGACCUUCAACCACAUCGGCUGGACUGGCAGAAAAUUUCAAAUGUGUUUGUAUUUCUCUCGACAAUACUUUCAAAGCUGCAGGGAAGGCAACAGUGGCAGAUAAGCAGAAGACAAGGACCAAGUUCAUGAGGGGGGGAAUGCUUACCGCUAUAAACGAGGAUAAUGAGAUACUUUUUUGGAGACUUUGCCAAACUCAAGCAAACACAGAAAUGGAGGAGUUGCUUGAAGGCUUGAAGUCUCGCUAUGAAAAACUGGAUCAGCCCCUCCCACAAAUGGUCAUUGUUGAUAACUGCUGCCACGUACGCAGUGCAGUCAAUAAAGCAAUGCCAGAUGCACAAGUUGGCCUGGAUGUAUUCCAUUUCAUUAUGAGGUAUCUUGCUGCCAUUCUCAACGGAACCAGGAACCCUCAGUGUUUGGCUGUAGCCCACGACAUUAGCAAAGCUAUCCUGAGUUCACGGGCAUCAGGUAAUGGAGAAAGUGCGAAGUAUCAAACAAAAGAAGAGCAAGAGGUCCAGCUUCAAACGAUGUUUGAGAAGUGGGCCGAAAAGGGCGGGGUGUGGUCUGCAGCUGCCUCCAAGGUGCACGCAGACCAGUUCGCACACAUCAAAAAAGGGUGUUUGAUGCGAGUUUGGCAAGAUAUAAGAUCAGAUAGAAGCCGCAUUGAAGGGUUGCACAAGGCUUGGAACGGCAUCAUGCGGUCAUUCGCCAGCGGCCUGGAGAUGUUCUUAGCCUUAGCUAACCACAUUGCCAACUCAUGGAACAGCUUGCUUUCCACAGAACCAACUCACAGCAACAACAGUCAAGAGCUGAAGGCACGCCCUUUCCUUUCAUCCAUCAACACCAAAGAAUCCUUUGGUCUUGGCCCCUCUAACCACAGCUCAAUAUUUGGAGGCCUCAUAGAAGUUAAGACUGAGGCUAAUUUUGAUGAGCAAGACCUCAGCCUGGAUCAAUUAGACUUAGAUGCCGAGAUUGAGCCCACAUCAAUCCUGCAAUGCCUGGAUAUCGACCCCAACUUGCUUACACUGACACACAAUACUCAUGUGCUCUACUUGAGUGAAAUGAUGGCUAUAACUGAGCCAACAGCGCUUGCCAAUUCCAGCCAAUCUGGGCCUCUCAAGCGGAAGGUCCCAUUUUAUGACCUAACUGAAGAUUUGGGGCCACUUGCUGGCGCAUUGGAAGGCCCACUACAGAAGAAGAGUUGUAUCCCCACUGCUCAGGAGACAACAGCGAACACCCUAAGUACAUCAGCAACAAAUGCCCCAAGUACACCGGCUACAAAUGCCUCAAGUAUACAGGCAAAAGGCACUACUGUCGCCCCCAAGUGCCCUAGUGACAAACACACGAGCCAAAACUUGAUGGCGGCCUUCUCACCACUUGCUGACCCCAACUUGAAUGGUCUCUCACGCUUUCAGCGCAUAUUUUCCAUCUUGACGGGUAUCGACCCACGUUCACUCACCCUCAACUCUAGUGCCAAAUUUUUCCUAUUCAUGGAUAUGCGCCUACAAAAUAAAUGGGCAUUGUUCAGCAUGACGUCUCAAAAAUGGGUUCUGGCUACAGCAGACUAUAAUAGUAGACUAGAGAAGCUUCCUAAGUCUGGUGGUAGCCCAGCAGUUAUGAAAAAUCCCCGUGCACUAUUUGACAAAUUGGGGGAAAUAGAGACAAAGAUUGUCAAGAGGAUCAAGUCUAAUAAUUUUCAUCAAGCGGCAAUGAGAAGUUUUGGAGAACCCAUUGUUUCAUUGUCCAGCUCGUUAAAGGAGAAAACACAGACCUGAAAUCAGGAAACCACAAGAAACUAUUCUGUUCUGACGGUGUUCCUGUCAGAAAGGAUUUCCCAGACAAGCUUCCACCCUGGCCACAGCCUCAAGGCAUUUUUGUGAAUGGCACUCACUUUCAUCCUCGGGUUUUCCUCUCAACUAUUCAUGAAAUAUAUGAGAAGGUCAUAAUUGAGGGUGGAAAUGGUGCUGACCUUGAGAUGGAAUAUCAGGCAUUUGCAGCUAUUGUAACAACCAAGAGUGAAUUACUCUGGCACACACAGAACACACUAGAAGGAGGAUGAAGUUGGGGAGUGGUUACCCCUUAGGCUGCAGUGAGUUAGUUGGUAUACAAC